UGUUGAAUUGUAAAAUGUCGUACACUAGAAAGUUUAUACGAUCCUAAACGAUUUAAUGAUUCGAAUCAUUGCUAUUUACAAACAGAACACCUAUUAGGAAUUGUGUAUUUAUCAAAAGAAUAAUAAAUAGAACCUACAAUUACCUUUGGAAAAAUAGUGGUUUGUUGACCUUCGUGUUAACGCAAAUAAUCAUAGAAAGGCGCUGAUUUUUACUUUAAUAUUGUGCAUCUGAAAUUUAAAGUGUAGUAUCACGCAAUCAUUGACAACUCAUUUCGUAAUUUUGCAAGUGUCAACAUGUCAGUUUCCUUCGGUUUCUUCUAAAUCCACAUUUAAAAUGAACUAGUGUACAAGUUGAAGAAAAAUAACAAUUGGAUUUAUCUUACUGAUAAAAAUUUUUAAUGUGAAAUGAAAUAUCCUGAUUAAAAAAAGAUCAGUUACUUUGUAUUGAACAAAUAUUUCAAUAUAUUUUUAAUUUCUUGAAAAUUUUAAAUAUAAUACAUUUAAAAAGCAAUACAAUGUUAUAUAACUGAUAUAUAUCAAGUGUUGAUACAAUCAACAAUUUUUGUGUGCAUCAGUUAUGCAUAGAUCUAAGUUAAUAAUCUAUAGAAGAAGAUUUGGAUUUAAAUAUUGGAAAAUGAUUGAUAUAUAUAUGUGUACAUAAAAUAAUUCCUAAACUAAAUAUAUCUAAAUCAAUAGAUACAAAAUCAAUUUAUUACUAAUUCAUAGCAAAUCGAUCAUUCCUAAAAUAUGUCAGGUACUGCUUCAAUUAUAACGUCUACUCUUGCACAACCUUCGGAGAAGGAACAUGCAUCUGCAACUAUGAUAGAUUAUUCAAGUAUCAGAGGAAAGAAUGUAUUAGUUAGUCCAUCGGAGGAUCAAUAUGAGCUACUGCUUAAAAGACUAAAAGAGAGAAUUCAUGAUGGUGGAAGUGAAACAAUAUUUGACAUUGGUAUUGCAGAAGAUGGUUCAGAAGAUGGAUUAAAAGAAGAUGAAUAUGAAGCAUCAGUAGCUACUUUACAAUCACUUGCUGCUACAUUAGAAGCUGAUUGUGUACUUUUACGUCAAAGUAAAGUAGAUCAUGGUUUAACAGGACAAUAUCUAGUACGAAGACGACUGGAUCAGCAAGACUUUCUAGAAAUUAGAGUUGCUGUUGUUGGCAAUGUGGAUGCAGGAAAAUCUACACUUUUAGGAGUAUUAACACAUGGGGAAUUAGACAAUGGAAGAGGUUUAGCUCGUCAAAAAUUAUUUCGUCAUAAACAUGAAGCUGAGACAGGAAGGACCAGCUCUGUUGGAAAUGAUAUACUCGGAUUUGAUAGUGUUGGAAAUGUUGUUAAUAAGCCAGAACAUGGUUCUUUAGAUUGGGUAAAAAUUUGUGAGAAAUCAUCUAAAGUUAUAACGUUUAUUGAUCUUGCUGGACAUGAACGGUAUCUCAAAACAACUGUGUUUGGAAUGACUGGACAUGCUCCAGAUUUUGGUAUGUUAAUGGUUGGAGCAAAUGCUGGUAUUGUUGGAAUGACUAAAGAACAUUUAGGAUUGGCUUUGGCUCUUUCAGUGCCUGUAUUUGUAGUAGUUACAAAAAUUGAUAUGUGCCCACCAAAUGUAUUACAAGAAAAUUUAAAAUUGCUUAUAAAAAUACUGAAAUCACCUGGCUGUAGAAAAGUUCCAGUCAUAGUAAAAACUCCAGAUGAUGUUGUUGUUAGUGCAACUAAUUUUGUAUCAGAACGAUUAUGUCCUAUUUUCCAAGUAUCUAAUGUGAGUGGAGAAAAUUUAGAUCUUCUUAAAAUGUUUCUAAAUCUUUUGACUGCUAGAAUAACUAGUCAUGAUGAUGAACCAGCAGAAUUUCAAAUUGAUGAUACUUAUUCUGUACCAGGUGUUGGUACUGUAGUAUCAGGUACAACUUUGAAAGGUGUAAUAAAAUUAAAUGAUACUUUAUUAUUGGGGCCUGAUCCUUUAGGACAUUUCAUACCUAUUACUGUAAAAAGUAUCCACAGAAAAAGAAUGCCAGUUCGUGAAGUAAGAGGAGGUCAAACAGCAAGUUUUGCUUUGAAAAAGAUAAAAAGAUCACAAAUUAGAAAAGGCAUGGUGAUGGUUGCACCAGCUUUAAAUCCACAAGCUUGCUGGGAAUUUGAAGGUGAAAUCUUGGUGUUACAUCAUCCUACAACAAUCAGUUCUCGAUAUCAAGCAAUGGUUCACUGUGGCAGUAUAAGACAAACUGCUUCUAUUAUCUCAAUGUCUCAAGAUUGUUUAAGAACAGGAGAUAAAGCAUUAGUACACUUCAGAUUUAUAAAACAUCCUGAAUAUAUAAAGCGUGGUCAACGAAUAGUUUUCAGAGAAGGUCGUACUAAAGCAGUAGGAAAUGUAUCAAACCUUAUUCCUCAUUCUAACACUAUGAAUACACAAAUAUUCAGAAUUAACAAACCAAAUAAGUCACAAGGCAGAUUGAAUAAUUCUUCUCUUAAUCAACCACAAGAAUUAAAUGAAACGAGUUCAGCAUUUGAAUAUCAGAAUGCAAAACAAGAAAAUAUGCCACAAAAAUCUGGCACAACACAAAAUAAAAAAGGUAGAGGUCGAAGAGGUAGAUCUCACAAUCUUAUUAAUGCUAGUAUACAACCUCUAUCAGAGCAAAACCCUCCCACAAAAAUAUAAGAUAUAUUUAUAUACAAAGUAUAUAUAUUGAUUUAGAGGAAAUCUUUAAUGUUUUAGAAUAGAUUGAUUUUUUAGAUAAACAUUUCUCAAUAAUGUUUAUAUAGUUUGAAGCAAGAUUAUUGUUUUUGAAGUCUUUCUU